AUGGCAAACAAUACAACCAGCGGCGCAGGUGCGCUCCCGAGACAAGUCGCAAGACAAAUUCGGCAGAACCAAACCCGAGGACGUUCAGCAGGACGACCCGGCGUAUCAAACUCUCAGAGCAGCGCCUACCGAGCAACCCAAUACCACAGUCCUAUCAGGCCUGGUAUGGGCAGCAGCCGCUACGCCACUGUGCAAGAUGAAGAGGAAGAUCCCGAUCUCAUGGAGCUUGAUCCGAUGGAAAUUGACACCCCUCCCAGCCAAGAGCCUGCACCAGUCACCACCGGGACUCGCACCAACGAGCAAUAUGAGGAUAAUGGCAUCCACCGCCACAUCUUCUACGUCCCAAUUCGAUCUCGCCCCAUGCCGACUCUUGACCUCGACGUUCUGACCGCCGCUCGCGCUGAAAUUACUCACAUUCAAAGAGCAGGAAUUCCUGUCCUGCAAACCUUGCCUGAGCGACCUGGACCCCAUGUCUACAUUCGUGUUGAUACUGACCGGGCGAACCGUGAUCAUGCCCUCACUGAUGCCAAUCUUCGGAUGGGUACCAUGCAAGAUAUGAUUCGGGAUGGCCUCGGCUGGUUCUCAGGUUUGCCUUACCGCCACCCGCAUUUCGAAGUCAAGUUCCUUCGUGGUCGACGUCUCUAG